AUGUUACCAAUCAGCUACUUCUUCAUCGGAUCGCAGGGUCUUGGCAGGAACAAUAAUGAUAUCAUGCAGGGAGUUUAUAAGGCGCUGGUAGUAUGUGCUUCAAUCUGUUGUUAUCUCAUGUUUGGUGGACGUUGUGUUGACUUUAGUAUCGCCAUCGGUGGGUUUUUCAUAGAUGUCGGUGUGCUCCUGUUGAAUGGUGGUAAGUACCCUCGCAUGAGUGACCUACUUGACGCUCUGCGAGGAGACGUCACCACCUCUUUAGGAGCUCUCAUCAAUAAUGAAGUGGAAAGCCCUGACUCCAAACGUCUCAAGAAGAAGGACAUCAUUCGCCGCCGACGGAUAAGGAGGGCCAUGCGCCAGUUCAAGGAAUAG